AUGACGGAGGUCAACACUGCUCCUGAAGCCAAUGAACUUCCAGGGAGUGAUCAAACAGUCUCUUUGUUACUGCUCGGAGACCCAGGAUGUGGCAAAUCAACUUUCCUAGCUCGCCUUAAAAAUGGAGGGUCGUCACUGUCACCACAGCCAGGUGUUAGGCCAAACACGAUUGUGCCGUUAAGAGAUGAAGAUCAGCCUUUCAUUUACGAUAUUCGAUUUUCAAAAAAGAAAUUCACUCUUGAGCUAUACGAUACAGCAAACCCAAACCAACAUUGGUCAAGUCUAAAGCCGGACGUGGUUGUUUUGGCAUAUGAUAUAUCGAACCGAACCACACUUGAUGGUCUUAAAGCGUGGAGGAACGACAUCACUCGAUACUUCCAGUACGGUCAUGGAGAACGAUUGCCUGUCAUGAUGCUAGGUUUAAAGAGGGAUCUUCGAAGGGAGGGCGAAGGCAUCAUAUAUCCUCAAGAGGGUUACCGUAUUGCCCAGGAACUUCGCUGUGAUCGGUACGCAGAAUGCUCAGCCGUGACGAGUGAAUUACUUGCGGAGACAUUCGAAGAUUUGGCCAGACUCGCGGCGAUGACCACAACCGAAGAGGGCGGCCAGACAGCUGGAACGUCUUGUACUAUUCUCUAA